UUGACUCUACGUGUUUCCGCAUGGCAACGCUACCUUCGCGCCACAAGGAAAACAUAAACGGCUGACGGGGAAGACGCACUUGCGAGCAAGCCGGCGGGGACCGGAAUUUACGACACCUGGCUGCUCGUCACGCAACGUGGACGCCAGUGGGCUUGACAGAGCGUGUCGCCAUGACAACAGAGGAGACCAUCAACAUCAAGGAGGCGGAGGUGGUCAAGCUGGUCCUCGACUUCCUCAGCUCCAGGAAGCUGCACAUCAGCAUGCUGGCCUUGGAGAAGGACAGCGGCGUCAUCAACGGGCUCUACUCUGAUGACAUGCUCUUCCUCAGGCAACUCAUUCUGGAUGGUCAGUGGGAGGAAGUGAUGCAGUUCAUUCAGCCUCUAGAAGGGCUGGACACGUUUGACAAAAAAAGAUUUCGCUACAUCAUUCUGAAGCAGAAGUUUCUGGAGGCGCUGUGUGUAAAUAACGCCAUGUCUGCAGCCGAACACCCUCAAAAUCUGGAGUUCACCAUGCAGGAGGCCGUCAAAUGCCUCCACAAUCUGGAGGAGUUCUGCCCCUCCAAGGAGGACUACAGCAAGCUCUGUCUCCUCCUAACGCUGCCUCGCCUCACCCACCACGCCGAGUUCAAAGACUGGAACCCGAGCACGGCGCGUGUCCACUGCUUCGAGGAGGCCUGCGCCAUGGUGGCCGAGUUUAUCCCGGCUGACAGGAAACUGAGUGAGGCGGGCUUCCGGGCGAGCGGGAACCGCCUCUUUCAGCUGCUCAUUAAAGGGAUCCUGUAUGAGUGCUGUGUGGAGUUCUGUCAGAGCAAAGCAACCGGAGAGGAGAUCACAGAAGGCGAGGUAUUGCUCGGCGUAGACCUGCUCUGCGGGAACGGUUGCGACGAACUGGAUCUGUCGCUGCUGUCCUGGCUACAGAACCUUUCCCCGGGUGCCUUUUCAUGCGCCUUUCAGCAACAGACCCUCAACAUUCACGUGGACCGCCUGGUGAAGCCCAGCAAGGCGGGCCACGCCGAUCUCCUCACUCCACUCAUCAACCGUCUCUCCCCCUGCCCGACCUCACCUUUCCGCCAGCGGCCUCACUCAGCCGACACCUACAUGUCCAGGUCUUUAAAUCCGGCCCUGGAUGGGCUGUCCCACGGCUUAGCGGCCCAGGACAAGAGAGGAACUGAGGCCGCAGUGAAAUCUGCUCUCAGUCGUAGCCUGGUGGAGAACAAUGUUCAUCAGCUGGAGGACUCACCCGAGAGAAAGCACCCACGGGGACUGGAAGGUCCCAAGACCGCACGUACACCUCUGACUCCUGGGAGAGACGGUGGAACGGCUUCGUGCACAGAGACACUUGAGCGGCGUGACUCCACGGAGCACAUGCAGGAGUAUUACAGGCAGCGUCUGCGUGUACAGCAGCAUCUGGAGCAGAAGCAGCAGCAGAGGCAGCUUUACCAGCAGAUGCUGCUUGAGGGAGGAGUUAAACCGCAAGAUGGAGCCCAAAACAACCUGACAGAGACCUUUCUCACUCGAUCCAUCCAGAAACUGGAGGAGAUGAAUGUUGGCAUCGAUGAGGUGACACAGCAGUGGAAUGGACUGGCAGGUGACACCACAGACCCAGAGGUGAUGCACAGGCCAAAGCCAGGAGGUGUAAACAGCAAUGGUCAUCAUGACCUGCAACACCCCAGUGAGCCUCCAGUUCUUGCAAGUGCGGAGAAGACUGUACGGCCUGUACAAGAUGAUUCCAGCAGCCGUGUGACACGUUGCACAGCACAGCAGCCAGGAAAGUCCAAAACCCAGUUUGUUAAAGUGAACCAGCUGGAAGACACGCAGGCAGUACGAUCUGUAGCCUUCCAUCCCUCUGGGUCACUUUAUGCCGUUGGUUCCAACUCAAAAAUUCUGAGAGUUUGUGCCUAUCCUGACGUACUGACAACCAGCACUUUGGAUGCAGUCAAGCAGCCGGCGGUGCGCUUCAGGAGGAACAAACACCACAAAGGCUCCAUCUACUGUGUCGCCUGGAGCCACUGUGGAAAGCUGCUGGCCACCGGCUCCAAUGACAAAUAUGUCAAGGUUUUGCCUUUUAAUGCUGACAGCUGUAAUGCAACAGGUCCCGAUCUUGAGUUCAGCAUGCAUGACGGUACCAUCAGGGACUUGGCUUUCAUGGAGGGUCCCGAGAGUGGAGGGUCCAUCUUGAUUAGCGCCGGAGCUGGAGACUGCAACAUCUACACCACUGACUGCCAGAGAGGCCAAGGCCUUCACGCCCUGAGUGGGCACACUGGCCACAUUUUGACUCUGUAUACAUGGGGAGGGUGGAUGAUCACUUCUGGAUCCCAGGACAAGACAGUCCGCUUCUGGGACCUGCGGGUGCCCAGCUGUGUGCGUGUGGUGGGCACAACCCUGCACGGCUCAGGAAGCGCUGUGGCCACAGUAGCAGUAGAUCCUAGCGGCCGCCUACUCGCCAGCGGCCAGGAGGACAGCACCUGCAUGCUCUAUGACAUCAGAGGAGGCCGCAUCGUCCAGACUUACUGUCCCCACAGCAGCGACAUCCGCUCGGUACGCUUCUCCCCCGGAGCUCAUCAUCUCCUCACCGGAUCCUACGACAACAAAAUCAUCAUCAGUGACCUGCAAGGUGACCUCACAAAAGCGCUCCCUCAGACGCUGGCAGGGGAACACUGGGACAAGGUGAUCCAGUGUAGGUGGCAUCCCAAAGACAGAGCCUUCCUCUCUUCCUCAGCUGACCGCACCGUCGUCCUAUGGGCCCCCGGGGAGAGUCCGGGUGCUCAACGGAAAACGCAGGAGUGAGCACUAAUCGAGCAUCAUGUUUUUCCCUAACCUCUAUGCAUUAACUUCUCAUGGUCGUUGGUUCAUACAUGUGUCGAAGUAGUUUCACUUAUAAUCCAAAAGUCUUCAGUUUAGGUGUGGAGUUUCCCUAUAUAUAAUACUCCUCGCAAAUAGUCUUUUUUUUUUUCUAUCCAAAGAAAUUCCUUCUUUCGGCUUUUUAGGACUCAUAUUGAGUUAGCAAAAUUGCCAACCUCGUCGAAUAUGGAAAGAAACACACAAAAGGCGCACAUACUGAAACGCUGAGACGUGAGUGUGUCCUGUUUAGAAAGUGAGUGGAGGUUUCCGCCUCCGCUACAAAGGUGAGCCCUGGUUUUUGUCUGCAGGCGAAAAAUAAAUGACUGAAUGACGCGUUUGUACACAGAGACACACAUAGAGGCCCACUUGGCUCGAUCGAAAAGUUUGCAAAUCGAAAAGUUUGCAAAUAGAGGAGUUUGUAAAUUGAGGUUCCACUGUAUAUGGCUCCGUUUACACUGGACAUAUCGGAAAGUUUUUUUUGCGAGUCUAAACUCUCCAAAGCGCUUCAAAUCUGAUCUUUUCGCAUCAGAUUUGGGCCACCUCAGAAGGUGGUCCGAAUCCGUUUGGAAUCUGAUCUAUUCAAAUGUGACUCCGGUUUAAAGGGCAAUGCCACCUGUUUGCGAUUUUUCGCGUAAUCUUUGGUCGAGCUACGUCAUUCGUGUGCGCAGGAAAAGGCGCACACGAAAAGGAAAAGGGGGAAUCAUUUUGCAAUGCAGUCUUCUGGAAAUUAUGGAAAGCGCCACUCUACAUAGCAACUGAUGCUGUGGUCAAAGUUGGAAUUGACACAAAAGACACUUUUUGGCUGAGAGAGCCAUGAAAGCCAAAUAUUUCAAAAUGUAUUUCCGUGAGAGCCAUAUAAUAUUUUUUAACACUGAAUACAACUAAAUGCGUGCAUUUUUAAGUAAGACCAACAUUUUUAGAGUAUAAUAAGUCUACGUAAUAACAUUGUUAUUCUAAAGUUAACCAAUAAUAAAUAUAAUACUUCUUACCAUUAAUGCGACAUCUUGAACAGGUGCGAUAGAAAACGGAUGGUUGGAUUAAAAUGCAUGAGAAUUUUUUAUAUUUUGAACGUUAUUUUUAACACUGUGAUUACCAGUGGAAUUGUUUACUACUUAUUGCGUUAAGCAAUGUCAGCUAAGAUUUAUCUGAGAGCCAGAUGUAGUCAUCAAAAGAGCCACAUCUGGCUCUAGAGCCAUAGGUUCCAUACCCCUGCUCUAAGCUAUUCAACAUUUUACUGCCAUUUAGCAGCAAAAGUGUAUUAGCUCUGCAACUAACGACUGUUUUGAUAGUCGACUAAUCAUCGAUUAUCUUAACAAUUGGUUGACUAGUCGGAUUAUAAAGCGUUCACAUAUUUAGCGGCUCAUAUUUAGCCAUCGACUUUUAAAUUCAGCUUAAGAUAUUUCAAGGCAUAAUAACAAAAAUUGACUAAUUUGUUCAUAAAUAUUUAUUCAGACUGUGACUGGAGAACUCAAUAGACUGUUACAAAAUGUUGAUAACUAUUAACAUUUUCUCCAAUUAAAUGUAAGCACUAAAAGAACCAAGCAUUUGGUGAUGUGUUUAAAAAGCUUCACACUGAAAUAUUGAUUAUUGAUUAACUCCCGGUAUUUUUAUCAAUCCAAUAAACUCAAUGCAUAUAAUGGUAUCUUUGUUUAAUACUUAACAUUUAGCCAUCUAAUAGGUUGUAUAUUUAAUGUUAUAAUAUCGGCGCAUAGGGGCCUAGUGUUUAGUGACCCGCGUGUGGGUUUGACAUUCGUUUUUGUGCCUUUCUUUGUUGAAUUGCAAAUUGAUGCUGCUUUAAAAAGAACUUGAAUGGAUUUAGACAAAGUUUAGCUGGCGGACUUUGGCUAAAAUUAUAUUUUCAUAAAUUUUUCACACAUACUUCGUCUCACAGUUGUUAGCUAACUAGCAAGGUACAAGCGAAGGAAGUUUAAACCGCAUCUUGCAGAUGUCCGACAUUUCUCCGAUUUUAAUGCUCCUGUACCACAGGUGUAGUGCCCUGAGAUUGGCAGUUUGUGAGUUCAAACCCUGGCCGAGUCAUACCAAAGACUAAAAAAAUGGGACCCAUAGCUUGGAAUUGGGGGUUAAAUCACCAAAUAAUAUUCCUGGGCGAGGCCACCGCUGCUGCUCACUGCUCCCCUCACCUCCCAUGGGGUGAUAAAAAGUGAUGGGUCAAAUGCAGGGAAUAAUUUCACCACACCUCGUGUGUGUGUGAGACAAUCGUUGGUACUUUAACUGUUUUACUUUAAUAAAAACGAGGUCUGCUUUGCAAAAUGAGCGAAAUAAUCAUAUUUUUAACAAGAAUAGGAGGAAAUGUUCCCACUCUUGUCGAGUGCGGUGCUGACUUUUUGGAAAAACAGUGAUGAUGUCACGACUAGGCCGCCAAAUGUAUUUGAUGGCGACAAAUUUUAUUGCCGACUUUUGUCGACAAUGUGGACGACUCAUUGCGCCCCCAAAUCGUCCCGUUUCAUGUGUCAGGUAAACUGCGAAGAUUGGGGUCAUGUGAGUCCACUUCCUAUUGUAUUGGAUAAAACACUAACAACAAUUUGCUUUUGUCAUUCAUAUUUUUUCUGAUAAAUAUCCUGACAUUUCUCCCUCAAAGAAACAUAAACGGGGAAUCUCCACACCUGAAAUGUUAAUGUAGAAGCCUAUUAGACGCAGUUCAGUGGCCUCGAUUCAACCUUGGUGGGUUAAAGUAGCAGUAAGAAAUAAUCCUCUCAUUAAAAGACAGCUUUAGAAUUAUUUGGACAGUGAACUGGAUUGUAAUACGAAUAUUAUAUGUCUCUGUGUGCAGUUUUUGGACUGACUCGAAUAUUUUUCAUUUUGAAACAAAAUUGUCCUUACUGUUGGUAAAUUGAGACAGCUCAUGCCUUCUCUGCUGGGCUGGAGUGCAAAGAUAAUGAGGACGCAAUGCAAUUAUACUCGCAGGCGACGCGGUACAUGUGGUUGCAUGGCGACGGUAAACCGAACCACUCCCAAAAUCUAAUCAUUUUGCAUAUUUCCUGAAAGUUCAUCAAAAUCUCUCCACGUCUUUUUGAGCUAUGUUUCUAACAAACAUGCAAACACAUUUUAUGUUUUGAACACAAAUGUCAUUGUCCUAUCAUGACUGUGAAAACUAGGAGUGCUAUGCUGAGGAAUGAAUCCAUAUCUGUUACAUAACGUGCCUUUUUUAAAGUAUUUUUUUAGAGGUCUGUGGAUUAUUGUAUUUAUUAAGUGAACUAUAAUUAUGUGGCUUAUCUAUUUGACCACUUGCCUUGACACUUGUACUUUCUUGUAAUUUUGUGCACAUUUUCCCGCCGUGUUAGUUUGGAAAGUAUGAGCAAUACGAGGUGAUAUGAUCACGUUGCACAUGUACCCUCCUGAGAGCCAGCGUCCUCUACAGUGGACAUUUGUCUUUUGCAUAAGAGAACUACUGUAUUUUUUGGACAAUAACCCACUACUUUUUACCCAAGCUUUGAACCCUGCGGCUUAUACAAAGAUGUGGCUGAUCUAUGGAUUUUUCUUCGCAAACGGCUAAAUGAUGGAAUGGAUUUUGCAAAGAAAUCAAACAAUAUACUAAUAUGAGGCACUUUAAGAAACUGUUCGGACAAAGUGUUUACAAAGUAUAAGGAAUAAGAAUCCUGAUAACAUCUUGAAAGGUAUUAAAAAAGUAGAACAUCAAUUACUUUUUACUGCCGUGUUGCAGGCACAAUUUGGAAACAAUUAAGUAAUUUACAAAAUCUUUCUAUGUAAAUAUUUCAUUUCACAACGUACCAGUAUAUACACUAUAUUGACAAAAGUAUUUGGCCACCUGCCUUCACUCACAUAUGAACUUGACGUGCCAUCCCAUGGAAUUGUCCAAAAUGUUUUGGUACCCUAAAGCAUUCAAAGGUCCUUUCAUUGGAACUAAGGGGCCAAGCCCAACUCCUGAGAAACCAACCCAAAACCAUAAUUCCUCCUCCACCAAAUUUCACACUGGGCACAAUGCAGUCUGAAAUGUAGCAUUCUGCUGGCAACCUCCAAACCCAGACUGGUCCUGCAGAUUGCCAGAUGGAAAAGCGUGAUUCGUCAGUCCAGAGAAGGCGUCUCCACUGCUCUAGAGUCCAGUGGUGAGGUGCUUUUACACCACUGCAUCCCACGCUUUGCAUUGGACUUGGUGAUGUAUGGCUUAGAUGCUGCUGCUGCUCGGCCAUGGAAACCCAUUCCAUGAAGUACUUGGGCUAAUUGGGAGGUCACAUAAUGUUUGGAGCUCUGUAGCAACUGACUGGGCAGAAAAUCUUUGCACAAUGCGCUUCAGCAUCCCUUGACUCCUCUCUGUCAGUUUACGUGGCCUACCACUUGGUGGCUGAGUUGCUGUUGUUAACAAACUCUUCACUUUUCUUAUAAUAAAGUUGACUUUAAGAGCGAGGAAAUUUCACGACUUGUUUUGUUGCGCAGGUGGCAUGCAAUGACAGUUCCACGCUGGAAAUCAUUGAGCGCGGCCCAUUCUUUCACAAAUGUUUGUAGAAACAGUCUCCAUGCCUAUGUGUUUGAUUUUAUACACCGGGCCAAGUAAAUCUCAUCAUUUGGACGGGUGGCAAAAUACUUUUGGCAAUAUAGUGUAUCUGUGGCUUGUAGUGUGUGGCUAAUAUAUGGGAAAAAAAGGUUUUCUUGUAAAAUGUUGUAGGUGUGGCUUAUAGUCCGGAAAAUGCAGUGUUUAUUUUUGGCAUUGCGUAACUCUGACUAAAAAAAUAGACCAAAAACAAAUUUCCAUUGUAGUAAUGGGAGGAAAUGUGUGUUUCAUUGCACACAAAGACAAUGAAUUUAUUGCACCGUUUUUUGACAAAAGAAUAGCACAACUUCAUUGUGUUGAACAAGAUAGUUAAACAAGGAAAUUAUUUCCUUUGAAGCAAAAGUUAUUGUGAUAGCAGGGAACAUUGCAAAGGGCAUUUAAGACUGAACUUAAUUAUGCACUUAAUAAGCAGAGCAUGUGUGAUUAUGACACUUGAUUCAGUGACAGGUUGAGUGUGGCUGAGAGAACGUGUCAAAACGAUUACGUCAUUACACCUAUCACCUGACCUCACUAUAAAUGUGUUCUAUCACACCAUGUUGUUGUCGCUCUGAUGACUAAGCUGCUGUUACGUAGUUCAACUGGUUGAAAUAAAGCAGUGAAACAAAAUAAUCGAAUAAAGUUGGACUUUACAUCAACA